ACUGCCCCUGUCCUUUGGCUUUUAAAGCAAAUUAAGACCUUUCCUCCUCCAGACUAGUCUAGAGCUUACCAACCCAAACUACCGGAGGAAAGCAAAUUGCGAGCCUGUCGCACUCGGUGGAAAUGGCGCUUGUCGAUCCCAAGGCCGGGGAGUCCUCCUCCUCCACCGUCACAGCUCACCACCUGUUCGUCGUUGUGAUCGACGGCGUGGAGACGUCCAUCCACGAGGGCAGCCUCCAGGCCAGUCUCGGCGGCACGGUCACCAUCACCAGCGCGGGGAACCUCUCCGCCAGCGGCGUCCGCAGCGUCGUCGUGCGCGGCGGGGGCGGGGGCAGCGUCAGCUUCACCCUGUGCGGAGACGCGGUCGCCGACGGCGUCGACUCCGCGUCGUUCGUCCGGUGCGGCGCAGCGCGGGCGGAGGGCGCGCGGGCGGUGUCGGUCACGCGGUGCCGCGCCGCGGACUUGGAGCAGGCCGGCAGGGUGUCCCUCGAGCGGUGCAGGGAGGCACGGGUCCGGGGCGGCGGCGCGCUGCGAGCAGCCAGGUGCAGGCGCGCCGACGUGGAGAGCUUCGGCGAGGUGCACCUGGCACGGUGCAAGGGCGCGCGCGUCGACUGGUGCGGCAGCGUGGAGGUCGAGAUGUGCAGGGCGGUGGAUGUCAGCCGGUGCGGGGCUGUGACCGGCGGACGGUGCAGGGUGGUGAGCGCCGUCGGCUGCGGCAGCGUCGAGGUGGCCCAUGCCGUGGUGAACAUUCUUGAAGAAGAACAGCCACAAGCAGCACAACAUCCCGUCUCUCCAUCACACUCCAGUCGAUCCAGUGACAGUGAAUGAAGACGCUGCAGCUUCAGAAGAUCCGCUCUACGUGGAGGUUGAAGCCAACGUUUGGGAAAGCGAGCAAG